CAUUUUUGGAUUUUCCUUGCUGGUCUUCAUUUCCGAUUUGUGUUUUUAUGCAGAAGAUGGAAACGUUUCCGAGUUUUUGUUGUUUUGAACGAAUCCUUUUAUAAAUAUCUCUUUGUCGUGUAGAGUAUGUCUGCUGAUGACAAUAAAACAAUACAGGAUGAUGAAAUUGAAGCCUUAUCUGCAAUUUAUGGGGACGACUGGGUUACCAUUGACAGUGAAUCUCGGAAUUACUGCAUAAAAAUCAAAGAUGAAAAUUCGGAAAAUAUUAUUUUGAUGGAGAUUUUGUUUCCUCCUUAUUAUCCGAAGACAUCACCUCCUCAGUACACAUUAAGUGCACCUUGGUUAAGAAGAGAGGAAAAAAUCAGUCUAGAAGAUGCAUUAGCAGAUAUAUACUGUGCAAAUAUUGGAGAGAGUGUCAUUUUCCUUUGGGUUGAAAGAAUACGAGAAUAUUUGCAGGAGAAAAGUGGCGUAAGACAAGAAAAUCCAGUUAGUCCAACGAGUUCACAUGAUGAUACAGAUGAGAUUUCAAACGAGGAAGAUGAUUGUGCUGAGUACAGUUUUACAAAGAUACAGGAAGAACUCGACAAGUGCCCCACGGAGGAGCAGGAGGAAAUCAGAGAGGAAAUCAACUGUCCAGAGAUUCACCAUGGGGAAAGUUUUAUGGACAGAAAGAGUGUGUUUCAAGGUCACAUAGCCUCCAUAUCUCAUACUAAACAGGUUGAAUUAGUCCUAAAAUCUCUUUACCAAAGUAAAAAGAUUGCUUCUGCAACACACAAUAUAUAUGCAUACAGGAUAUGUAAAGAUGACCACUCAGAAGUAUUUUACCAAGGCUGUGAGGAUGAUGGGGAAACUCAAGCAGGGUCCAGGAUGUUACACCUGAUGCAGAUAGUAGAUGCCCGUAAUGUGAUAGUAGUGGUGACUCGGUGGUACGGAGGAAUACAUCUCGGACCAGAUCGAUUUAAACACAUUAAUAACUGUGCCAGACAGCUCUUAGAUGAACAUGGUUAUAUCAAAUCAAAGAAUGAGAAAAAGGGUCCAAAAAGCAGUAAGAAGAAGAGGUAGCCUGUGUAUUGUGAUUUAAUUUUACAGAAAUUAAGGGGAAGGGCCUAGUUGUUUUAGUAUUUUAAUUUAAUCUGUGAUUUUACAAAUAUAUAUGUACUUGAAUUUUAUCAUAUUGAUUGUUACUGAAAUGAUACACAUUGAAUGUGUAAUGUGCAAUUUACAUGAAAAUGAUAUAAUAAAUAUUUACAGUUAG